AUGACUACUACCGCACUUGCAUCAAGUCUUGAUCCUGCACCUCUUGGAAUCUCAUUCGAAUUCUUCGCAUUUCCCUCCUAUUUCAAAAAUGUGACGGCGACGGCUCAAUGCUUGAAGAAUUUCGAAGCUUUGACGGGAAUGUGGCCGCCGAUUAGGAUUGGGGGGACGACGCAGGAUCGUGCUACUUAUGAUGCUUCGUCUGAGGUAUAUGUAGAUUAUUCGGUUGCGGCAUCGACAGAUGCUCCAUCGUCUUUGACGUUUGGACCUUCGUUCAUGAGUCUGGCUGCAACGUACCCAGGGACGGUUGUCUUAGGACUCAAUCGUGGCCAUGAUAAUAUAUCAAACACCAUUGCAGCAGCUCAAGUAGCAAAAGACAGGAUGGGAAAUCUCCUCGCCAUAGAGUUAGGGAAUGAACCCGAAUACUGGGUCUCCGAUGACCAACCAAUUGCAAAAAAGGCAGCAUCGUGGACCCCUGCCGUAGACGCAGAAUCGCAGAACAAUUGGGAUAUACUUGUAGGCUCGGCAUUGAACAGCAAACGUAUCAUCCAAGCAGGGAACUCGAAUGCGGCCCCUCCAACAUGGGGAGCUGCCGAGUUGAUCGCGACGGAGAACGCCACUGCCAAAUCUUACGUCCGUGACUACGCUCACCAUAAUUACCCCGGAGGCACAGUUGAGAGCUUGAUGAGCCAUAGCAAUAUCGCAAGCAACGUUGCGACUUUCGACGCGGAUAUAUCAGCUGCUGUUGGAACGGGGAAGGAUUAUGUGCUAGGCGAGACAAACUCAGUAUCCGGCGGCGGAGCUGCAACCGUGAGUCCCCUUUUCGGCUCCGCCCUCUGGACCAUGGACUAUGUACUGCGCGCCGCGGCCGCCAACAUCAAACGCGCUUACUUUCACCACGGCACUAUCGGCGCCUGCUACUAUUGUUUCUGGGGCCGCGAUACCAUGAGCUCGCCAUACUACGGCGCCUAUGCCGCGACGGCUGCCAUGGCGGGCGGGUCUUCUAUCGCUACUCUCGACGACGGGAGUACCAAUUACGGCGGGUACGUGAUCUUUGACGCGGCAGGGAGACCGCUGAGGGUGCUGCUGUAUAACUCGGACUACUUUUCCGGAACUGGGACGCGCGGGAACGAAAUCUUCGUGUUGGAGGGGCUAGGGAGCCGGCAGGUGAGAGCCAAGCGGUUGACGGCUGAGAGUGCGGAGGCGAGAGCGGAUCAGGGGAACAAUCCGAGUUUUGGGGGGCAGACGUUCGAGAAUGCUACGUGUGUGAUGCAAGGGAGGGAGACUUUUGAGACGGUCGGUGCUCCUGGGAGACGGGCUACAUUCGCAGUGGCUGCUUCGGAGGCGCUGUUGGUGUAUCUGCAGUAA